UCACUUGCUGAUCCCCUCAGGAGUAGAUCUCUAAACCUAAUCAUGAAACUGAUGCUGAUUGUCGCCGUCGCCACCUCUGUCGUGACAUUGUCCUAUGCAGGAGGUAUUGGAGGCGGAUUUGGAGGAGGUGGAUUUGGAGGAGGUGGAUUUGGAGGAGGUGGAUUUGGUGGUGGCCAUGGAGGAGGCUUAGGAGGGGGAUUUGGAGGUCAAUCCUUCGGAGGUGGAUCCUUUGGACGUCCGCCAUAUGGAGGUGGCUUCGGUGGCGGCUCCUUAGGCGGAGGCCAUUUGGGAGGAUUUGGAGGUAGCUCCUUCGGUGGGGGACAUGGAGGAGGCUUUGGAGGUGGAUCCUUCGGAUCUUUUGGAGGCGGAUUCUCCGGUGGUCGACGAUAUGGAAAAUAACGCCUUUUAUGAUAAUAAAAUAAAAGCUAUUUAGAUCUUA